AUGAAGGCUGCCCAGGAUCGACAAAAGUCUUAUGCUAAUUUGAGUAGGAGACCUAUUACUUAUGGUGUUGGGGAUAAGGUGCUUUUGAAGGUGUCCCCAAUGAAGGGAGUAAUGAGAUUUGGUGUGAAGGGCAAGCUCAGCCCUAAGUAUGUGGGUCCUUAUGAGGUACUUGAGAGGAUUGGUGAAGUGGCUUAUAAGUUGGCUUUGCCAGUCGAGCUAUCUAAGGUUCACAAUGUGUUCCAUGUCUCUCAGUUACGGCGUUAUCGAAGUGACCCUUCGCAUGUUAUAGCCGUAGAGUCGGUAGAGGUCAACCCUAUUUUGACUUUUGAGGAGAAGCCAGUCAAAAUCCUUGAUCGUCAGGUGCGUUCUCUGAGGAGAAAGGAAGUGCCAUUAGUGAAAGUGUUGUGA